AUGGAUUCUUUCUUAGAUGAAAUGCAUAAGAAAAAGAUUAUGGAUCAUUUCUCAAAUAAGCCUAGUACAGAUUUUAGCAAUGAUCAGGACAAUUCUAUUAGCGACGAUUCUUCCAGUCAAACUGAUGUAUCAGAGGUGCAAGAGCACAGCUUAGACUUGACUGAGAAAAACAUCCCGAUCACGCCUAAUACUUAUGACGAGACAGCUAAAUGGAGCGAAACCUACUACUAUGAUGAAGAAACAGAUGAUUGGGGUACACCAUACGAGAAUAAUGAUAGGGGAUAUUACUUAAAUUUAAAUACUGGAGAGAUAAGACGUAAAGAGACAAGCGUUUAUGCUUAG